CCAUUAUGAACUUAUUGUGAAUUUUUAGAUAAAAAAUAAGUUGUCAAAAACGGCACGUGAAGAUUGUUUACAAACAAUUAUCGCUCAUUAGAAAUUAAUUAAAUUGGAAAUAAUAAUAAAAAUGUCAAGUGAUUCUGAAUCCGAUGAUGAUAUUCAAAUGAAACAAUUCCUGGAGGCAGCGGAUACUACAUUAUUAAAUAAUGCUAUGUUUCAGAAUAAAGAAGAAAAAAAUAUUGAGAAAAUUGGAAAAGCAGCUCAUACAGAAGAAGCCGUAAAAAAAGAUUUACCCAAAUCUCAACGUUACAUUGUUGAGGAUGAUGACAAUUCCGGAACUGAUUUUAAUUUACCUGAAUCUAUGCAAAGGUUUUUGGCUAAAAAAUUCACUGACAUUUUAAAUCAACAUUAUGAGUUUACCGAAAUCAACGUCGGAAAAAACUCGUUAAAGACUAAAACCAAAUACAAAAGCCGUGUGAAAUUACUAAAAGGAGAUAAUUGUUUCGUCAAUCCGUAUGAAGAUUUUGAAUAUGAAACUAAAGGUCCAGAACAGAAACCAAUUAUUAAACGAAGAAUUGUUGAUAAUGUUGCAGAAAAUAAAGAUUCAGAAGAUGUAUUAAAAUCGUUAGCAAUUGAUGGUAAUUACAUUUUAUCGGGUGCCGAAGUAAAUAUGUGGGCUAAGAAAAAAGAACGUAAAGAUAAAGUUUUUCAUUAUAAAAUGGGUAACGAUGGCGUUCUAUAUCCCAAAGUAGAGAUAAAUGAAUUUACCAAAUUAAGAAAUAAAAAUAAUUGGGAUGAAAAGAAAAUACAAACAUUUAAAAAAAUAUAAAAAUAUAAACUGUUUUUUAUUUUUAAAGUUAAAAUAAAGCUUACCUGAUGCCUGGUA